AUGGAUCAUUCGCAUAUGGAUCACAGCAUGCACGAUAUGGGAAUGGAUAUGGGAGGAGAUAGAUGUAACAUGAACAUGCUCUUCACCUGGGACACCAAUAACCUCUGUAUAAUUUUCCGCUGGUGGCACAUCCGCUCCACCUUCUCCCUCCUCAUUUCGCUCGUUGGCGUCGUCGCCAUCACCGCCGGAUACGAAGGCAUUCGCUCCCUGACCCGUCGCUAUGAAUCCUGGGUCGACAGACAACAAGGUUCCAUAACCCUGGAUGACGUUACUGAAAAUACGCCUUUUCUCUGGGCAGGACGCAAUCAAGAAGAAGUAGGUCAGAGAGCACAUGUUAUCAAGGCUGCGCUGUAUGCUUUCCAGUAUUUUUAUGCAUUUAUGUUGAUGUUGCUUUUCAUGACAUAUAAUGGAUGGGUUAUGAUUGCAGUAGGAGUUGGUGCAUUUGUGGGUUUCUUGAUAUUUGGAAAGAAUACUUCGGCUGCGAAAGAGACGGCAUGUCAUUGA